AUGUUGUCCCGCUUCAGCACAGUGCCCCUGACGUCGACGAUCGCCAAACGAACGGCGACCGUCGCGGGCCCCACCACCACCACCGCUCGUCUCACCCCCGCGAUCGCUUCCCUUUCCAGCACCAGCGCCAGCGCUAGCACCAGCCGGAGCUUCUCUUUUCAACGCACCGCCCAGCAUGAUUCUCUUCGCAAUACCAAGCUGGCCUCGGCCAUGACUUCCUCGGCCCGACUCUUCUCGACAUCGGCACGCACGGCCCAAGCCACGCCCAUCGAGGACGAGGAGGCCUUUGACCUGUCCACCGUCGAGCGCGUCGCCGAUGAAGUCGAUGUGUGCAUCGUCGGUGGUGGACCUGCAGGGUUGUCGGCCGCCAUCCGACUGAUGAAGAAGGCUCAAGAGGAAGGAAAGGAGAUUCGCGUCGUCGUACUCGAAAAGGGUGCCGAAAUUGGUUAGUUUCCCCGCGCCCGGCUCCGAAUGAUCGAUCCGUCAGCGAGUGGCGCUUGCCGCUCAGUUAGCUUUUGACGCUCGAGACUGACAAUACCAUUCAUGCUCACACAUUUCCGAUACUGAAUAAACCUGCUUAAUCAGGUGCCCACAUCUUGUCAGGUGCCGUGAUCGAGACGAGGGCCUUGGACGAGUUGAUCCCCGACUGGAAGGAACUCGGCGCCCCGCUCAACCAGGAGGCGACGUCCGAUUCGAUGCGAUGGCUCACCCCGACCGGCUCGUUCCCGAUGCCGCACCCACCGCAGAUGUCCAACAAGGGCAACUACGUUAUUUCAUUGUCCAAGCUCACGCGAUGGCUCGCCGAGCAAGCCGAGGAACUCGGCGUCGAGAUCUACCCUGGAUUCGCCGGUGCCGAGAUCUUGUGGACCGAAGACGGCAAGGGUGUUAAGGGUGUUGUCACCAACGACAUUGGCCUCGACAAGAACUUCAGACCCAAGGACGCGUUCGAGCCGGGGAUGGAGUUUCAUGCCAAGGUUACCUUGUUCGCCGAAGGCGCGCACGGUUCGCUCUCCAAGAAAGUCAUCAAUAAGCUGAAUCUGCGCGAGGACAAGGACCCGCAGACGUAUGGACUGGGAGUCAAAGAGGUUUGGAAAAUCAAGAAGGAGAAGCACGAACCGGGAAGGAUUCAACAUACGCUCGGAUGGCCGCUCGAUAACUCGACCUACGGCGGGACCUGGCUGUACCAUAUGGAGGAUGAGAUGGUCUCGCUCGGGAUAGUCGUCGGCCUCGACUACCCCAACCCGUACAUUUCGCCUUUCCGCGAGUUGCAGGCAAGUCUUCAUGUUGCUGCGUUAGAGAUUCAGAUCUGGGCAGAGCUGAUGAAGAUGCAUUUACUGAGACAUGCAGCGACUCAAGCAUCAUCCGAUAUUUGCCGAUUUGCUUGAGGGCGGUGAAUGCAUCGCAUACGGUGCCCGAGCGCUCAACGAGGGUGGUUACCAGUCGAUCCCCAAGCUGUCGUUUCCUGGUGGUGGACUGAUUGGUUGUUCAGCUGGUUUCCUCAACGUGCCCAAGAUCAAAGGUCAGUUCUGCGUCUGUCGUCGCGCAAUAGGUGUUCGGGCUGACAUUUUCUGGUCGUCAGGCACUCACACGGCCAUGAAAUCCGGUAUGCUGGCCGCCGAUGAAACGUUCAAGGCACUUUCCGCCCUCCCCGAGGACUAUGAUCAGUCUUCCGCCGAGUCUGUGGAUAUCUCGUCGUACGAGGCCGCCUUUGAGGACUCGUGGGUCGCCAAGGAGCUCAAGGAGAUUCGCAACCUGAGGCCGUCGUUCCACAACCCGCUUGGCAACUGGGGUGGUAUCAUGUACUCGGGGCUGGACUCGCUGAUCCUCAAGGGGCGUGUACCAUGGACUUUCCAUCACCCUCAAGAAGACUUCGAAUCGACCAAGCCUGCGAGGUGAGUCCGACCUUAAACGACCGACGAACAAGUUUUCUCACCCCCGAGCUGACCCUUCCUCUCACCGUGAGCAGGGAUUUCACACCCAUCGACUACCCGGCACCGGACGGCGUUCUCUCGUUCGACAUCCUUACGCAAGUGUCGCGCACAGGCACGAACCACGCCGAGAAUCAACCGGUGCAUCUGCAUCUUAAGGACUCGGCGCGUGCGUCGCAUGUGCGCGACAACAUAGAGCAGUUCGAUGGUCUGCUCGGACGCGUGUGCCCCGCUGCGGUUUACGAAUACCUCGAUGCUGACGGCAAGGAUGCGGAUGCGGUCGGUAAAAAGUUAGUGAUCAACAGCCAGAACUGCAUCCAUUGCAAGACAUGUUCGAUCAAGGUGCCGACGCAGGACAUUGAAUGGCGCGUGCCCGAAGGCUCGGGAGGGCCGAAAUACAGCUUGACCUAA